AUGGGGUCGAUUCGAACCUCAUCAGCGCCAACGUCUUCACCGCUGACUCCAGCACCGCUACUGCCAUUGCUUGUGCUUCAAGAGAACCCCUUCUUGAUCUUGAAAACCUCGUGCCAGAAGCCAUCAACAACAGCGUUCAAUCCAGCUGAAACCUCCACCAUCUCGAGGACGACAAGCAUCUCAAGACAGCCAGGCAACAUCCACCGCCAGCAACAACGAUACACCCCCAACCUCACAGAACCCAAGUCGUAUAACACAGUCCCCUCGUGCACCACAGGAAUCUACCCCUGCCUCCCCUGGCGCCUAGAAUUUCGCAACGACGAUGGCGAAUGCGAUACUCGGGCACAAAAUGCGCAGCACGCUCAUGGCGACAUGUACAGGAACAGUGACGAGGUGCCUCAGGACUACUACCAAGCGAUGACAUGGUACCUCAAGGCCGCCAAGUAA